AUGGGUUUCGGAAAAUCCGACGGCAAUGAGUUUUUCAACUCGUGGGAAUUAUGGCAAAAAAUGACCUUUGUUCUUGCAGCGGGCAUCGUGGUUACCAUUUUCCUCGGUUUCUUAAAGGUCGCCUACAAUCGCUACCGCCUUCGCAAGUACAGCAAAGUCGACAAGGGCAAGCAAGCGCAAACGCCAGAGAUGCUCGAGGCACAGCCCGUCACCCAGGUAUCUACCGAGACCAAAGAUGAGAUUCCUUUCGGGAUUCGCGCCAUCCAGAGCGGCAUCGAGGUCGAAGGUGUCUACAUUUCAAGGUCCAACACGCCUGUCGGCAGCAGCAGGAACUCAAUCGCAACCACCUCCCAGCUCGAACUCCCCAAGUCAGCCCUGCUUAGCUCCCGCGACAGCACUGGUGUGGCCAGCUCGUUUGAUCGUGCAGUUUCUGCAGAGCACCUGCCCAGCUACCACUCCCGUGCCUCUUCGCCUGGCCGCGCCUCCGCAAGCAACGCAACACUCCGGGGCUCCCACUACCACAAUCCUUCUCGCAACUCGGCAGCUUUCCAGACUCUUGAAGGAUCGCGAUCGGCUCACAUGUCUGGACCUCCAUCUCCUCGCAAUGGACAAGCAGGGCCAUCUGGCUCGACAUCGCAGACGAGCAGCCGCACCAGUGAUGAAUCCGACUACAUGGCAAUCCAAGAUUCUCGUGCGUACGAGACAGUCUACAUGAGAGACGCCGUGAACCAGUCCCCGAUCGACCCUCGAACCGACCUCGACCUGCUCCAAACCCAUCGCAUGUCCCACGUCGCCGAGACUGGCCAGCUUACCCCGAGGGUUCGCAAACCAGGUAACAGCGGAGAGUGGGCCAGCGUGGCGGACAGUCAAGUGUCUACGAUCAAUGGUGUUAACUAUUUCACACCACAGAAAACGCCUUCUCCUCCGUACCCUGCUGGCAACUAUCGCGACGAAGUAGGAUCGGCCUCGUCAUCGAGUCCCGUAGAUGACCACGCGUCGAGACAAGCGAUGCCCCUGACCGAGUCGUACGCACCAAACGCUCCCUACUACCCAGACACAUACGAGCCCCGCGGCCCACAACACCAAUACUCGUACGAUGAGGUACCGUACGAGGUCAGCACCGACCAGAACCAGCAGCGCGAGUCUCAAGUCCUCCGCAGUGUCAAUUCUGGCUUUCAGGUUCUGAAACCAGGCACAUUCCAGCCGGCCACGCCAGAGGAGGUGGAGCUAGCCGAAAGGCGACAGUCAAAGAAGCUCCAGAAGAAGCGGAGAACAUCUAGCGACUCGCGGAAGUCGGCGUUUGUCGAACAAGUCUAA